AAAUUAGAGCUAAUCGAGCUCUGAAAUUGCAGUCACACUCAAAAAUGAAACCGCGCAGCCGUAACUCGUCCGGUAACCGCAAUUCUGAACCUUAUCUCGGUGUGCUAUAAGGUUUGAGGAAAGGGCUAACGGGAAUCUGGAUCGUCGAAAUUGGCAAAAGGUGGCGGCGGACGAUUCGAUGAAAACGCGACCAGCAAGCGUAAUCAACUAGAAAACCGGUCGUUUAACAUUCACGGUGAAGAACAUUCAUGAAGACCAACUGGACAGACACGUACGUUCUUCGGUAUUCGGCGAUUCGCGACACCAAUUAGCUGUUCCUUCCCGAACGGCGGUUUCAUUUUCAAGAGCAAAGCCGUCCGCUCACCUCGGGCCAUACACCCAGGAACUAGGUCACCCGUUGACCUCCAUAGGGGCCAAGGACCGUCUGUCGGAGACGCCAUUCUUGUACCGCGCGUGGAAUACCCAACUCAAGAGGACUUCGACGACACUGACCAACACGAACAUGGCCCAAUGGAACUUGUCUUUGCUUUUAUUCAUAACAAUAACCAUGGUUUCAACAUCAAAUAUAUUUGAUAUCCUUUCGUCGCCUGAUGCUGAAAAUAGAGAAGAUCCCUCUGACAAAACAUGUUUAUGUAAAGGCCCUGGAUGUAUGUGUUGUGUCGAUUUCAACUUUACUUAUGUACAUUUAGGAGGACCAGGUUGUGUUCAAAUGGAAUAUAUAUCUCAAGACGAGGGAAUUUCGGUAAAUGUUUCGUAUGGUGAAAGAAUUUUGCAUGCUCAACAAGUAAAAGGACCAAAUCCACCGCCAACUUGUAUGACUUUAGUGAAAAACAUAGCGGAAAUUUGUGCUAGAUUUACAACAUUGGAAAAAUACGAAGAUGGUUUGAAAGGAUGUUUGGUAAUUGAACCGAAAGUGUUAAGAGAUAUCCAAACGCAAAUCGACAUAUCUUGCUUUGUGAUGGGUCCGAAUGGGAUGAAACUCGACAACAAUUCCACUGUGGAUUCAAAUGACGAGGAAUCCGAUGAAAUCACCACUGAGGCGACGGAAACGGAAAUCGAAGAACUCGACUUCAACGAAGACGCUAUUUUAGCAGCCGUUAGUGAAACUGCACAAAAAGGAUUAACAUUUUUCAGCAACUUCUUAGGCAUUGAUCUAAGAGGAUUAGCCGCCAAUAUUACUGCUCCAACUGAUAAAAACGUUAUUGAAACUACAACUAAAUCCACUUAAAAAUAAGUUGUUUUAAUUUUAUUUAAUAAUUUAUUUUUUCUAUUUUUUUACCAAUAUAGUUAAUUAGAAU